GCAGACUGUGGUGAGCUGUGUCCUGAGAUGUUUGCCCCGGCCCUGGCGUUGCUGUGUGAGGCUGCAUGAGGUGGGCCAGGCAUCCGGGUCUCCUGCGGUCCCCUCUGGAGUCCCUGGGUCAUCGGUCUCCUCUGUGUUCAGCCUGCAAUGUUCCCACGGGUCCUCGGGGACAGGCCGCGCCCCGCACUUGAAGUUUCAACAGCUGAGGUGGAGUGCUUCUCAGACUACAUGACCCUGCAGAUCCCGAGCAGCCGUGUGCAGGGCUUGAGGCGGUGGCUGGGCAGAAUCCUGCACUCACCAGGCAGCUGGAGGACCCCCGAGCGCCUGGAUUCUCUUUUGGCUCAAUGCGGCUUCUUUCUGCAUCCCACUUUUGAUGGCGACUUUAUUUUCCAAGUUCAAUACUCAGCCUGCUUCGUGCAGAAGGAGAAAGCAAAUUACAGGUUAGACAUCAGGAUAUUUCACAAAGGGGUGAAAAGGUCCGAGUGGAGUGAUGGCUACAUAAUGAAGUGUCCCGCGACGGCGUCAGGGCCCAGCCGGCAGGACGUCCGCUGUGGGCCCCUGUUCAUUGAGGUCUCCCGGCCCCUGCCUCUGAAGAGCAAGAGUGGACAGACCCCAUGGCUGCUGUCCCUUCGAGGGGAGUUGGUGGCUUCCCUGGAGGAUGCCAGCUUGAUGGGAUUGUACGUGGACAUCAAUGCCACCACAGUUACCAUCCAAAGCCCAAGACAAGAGCUUCUUCAGAGGAAGGAGGUGCUGAACACCUCCGUGGAGCUCCUGCCACUCUGGCUGGUGAGCGGCCACUAUGCCUACUCCUUAGAGGCCGCUUGCCCACUGGGGUCAUCCCAGCCGGACACGGAGGUCUCAGUUCACAUCCCUAAGCAGAGGCUGGGUCUGGUCAAAAGAGGUUCCCGCAUUGAGGAAAGCCUGAACCUAAAAUCCCUCCAUGCCCACCAGUCUGACAGCUUCACAGUGACUGAGAGCAGGGAGUUUGUGGUGGUCAGCAUCCCGGCAGCUGUGCUCCUCCAAGUCCAGCCAUGCCAGCAGGCCCGAGGAGCCCCAGGGACACAAGCUUUCUAUAAGGUGGACCUGAGCCUGGAAUUUGCCGAGGUGGCCGCCCCGGUCCUCUGGACAGUGGAGAACAUCUUCCAGUGCAUGGGAGGAAGGCUGGCCUCUGCCUCCUUUGUGGAAGGUUCAGGAACAGAGUUGCCUGCCUCAACAGCCCGGCCGAGGCCUCCUGCAUCCUCCCCACCCGCAGGACUGGACACCCCUCCAGCAGGAUUGCAGUCUGCUCCUUCCUCCCUGUUCCAGGAUGUGGGACCAGGUGCCCAGGAGGGGCCUUGGCAGGGCCCUGCACACUGGUCUUCCGGUGAACUGGCCAAGCAGGAACCCAGAGGGCUCCUGCGAACAGCCAGGCCUGCAGGAGGAAGCUGGGCGUCCACUGCUUCCCUUCUCUCCAGAGCAGUGCCAGCAGUCUCUCCUCGAUGGUCUCCAUGGGGGUCUGCCCCACCCAAAGUGUUCCUGGGCUCGGAACCAUCUGUCACCCUAACUGAAGGUCCAGGACCUACAAGGCCUGAGCAGGAGGACCCCACCCAGCCAUCGGGAGGAAGUGCAGCUUCAACAGAGCCCAUCCAGGGGGAGCCUGCCCAGGCCAGCAAGGAGUUCCAGCCACUGAUGAGGCACCCGGAGGCCAGCCCUGCCGGGGACACAUCGGUUUCCCGCUAUUACCUCAAGCUGCCCCAGGAAACACUGUCCGUAACACAGUCCAAGGAACCACCUCAGAGUGGCCAUGUCCUCUCCCAGGAGGGGGCCAGAGGGCACCUGGGCCUGUUAGCCCCAGAACCGAGUCAGGUCACGGAGGGGCCUGGGCGAACCCUCCUUCCGGGGGUGGAUGCCAUCUUCAUCACCCCAAGAGGGCAGCGGACAGACACCAGGGCCCCUCGGGGAACCUCAGAACGGCAUGAAUUGGACCCAGCAGCCCCCCUGACAGCUCUUGUGGAGAACCCUCUGGCCUCUUCCUCUGAGGAGCCUGCAGCCUCCUUUCUGGAAGGGUCCGUGAGAGCCCCAAACCUGGAGUCAAACCCCAAGUGGCCGGUGAGCAGGUGUGGGUCGGAGGCUGCACGCACGUCCAGUCCUUACCCUCUGCAAGGCUCCUGCGGGAGCCCUGUCACCCCCUCUGCUUGAGCCUGGAGGCUGCUUCUCGGCUGACCCUGGACCCUUGCUGCAGCAGGAGCCCACAGAGCCCACACUGCCCCCAGCCCUGAGAGUCACGGGAGUCCUGGCCUUCAGCAUGUGUGGAGGGCUCUCUGAGAGACCCUCCUCAGUGCUGGUCCUCCAUGGAGACUCCAGGGGUGAGCCUUGGGAGGCCCCAAGAAGCGGGGUGCAGCGGGGUGCGAGCACUGUUUGGCUGCCUCCAGGGGAAGGGCAGCUGAGUGCAGAAUAAAGUCCCUGGGUCUCUCCUGGCCUCUCCUGGCCCAGCCUGUUUCUGUGCUUGCUCUUGCUGUUACAGGGAGGGAGGCACGGAGGCCAGGUGCCCGCUCCGCUGUUAGGCCUGCUAGAAUCCAGUGUUCAGUCCCAGAGUCUCUAUUCUUUGGCUGUGUGACCUUGGCAAGGCACCAGCCUCUCUGAGCCUCAGUGGAAUUGGGAAGAUUCUUGAUCUUCCCUGGGGGAGCUGUUGAGGGCUGCACGUAGAGCCCUGCACGCAGCGUGGGUCAGAAGCCCAGGACCUUCUGUGCUUAUUAUUGCCGCCACAGCCAGAUGCAGCUCCCAGGCCCAGGAGGGUAAGGGAGGGCUUCAGCCAGAGUCAGACAUCUGUGCGGGGCUACAGUGCCCUGGCAUGUGACCCCAUCCUGGGACCUCAGAGGACACGACCCCAGCUGUGGGCAGGACCCCGGGGGAGAAGGCGGGGGUGCCCUACUUUGCUCUCUCGAUGCUCCCUUCCUCUGGUUUCCGUGGCAUCGGGUGCCAUGCUGGCUUGGAUGGCCCUGGUGACAUCCAGUGACCCAGUGCACUCUGGCUCCCUGGCUCAGAAGCCCGACUGAGGCCGGAACCACACUCGUGCUUCCCUGGGAGGGUGGCGCCCCCACCCCUCAGAGCCGACCCGCUGGAAGUGGGAAUUGAAUCACAGCCAAGGACAGGAGGCCGAG